GCCAAGUUACAUGUUCUCCGCCUCCAGACGCAUUUUAACCGCCAACACAGCUCCUAGACUCGGCUCUGGCAGCACCAAUGCCCGCCGCAAUCUCUCCAUCACAAACGCCUCUCCACCGCGCGUCCGCCCUCGUCGUGCACUCGCACUGACAGGCGCUGCGUUCGCGGGCUCCAUCCUGCUCGGCGGCGCGACCAUCUUCGCCGACUCGGCCGAGCUCGACCAGCCCGAGCUCCGCACCGCGUCCCUCUCGUCCCUGGUCCGCGCGUACGCCGUGUACACCAUGCUCUCCGUGCCCAAGCUCGUCGACUGGUCCCCUGCGAUUCUCAACGCGUGUCUCGCGACGCCCGGGCUCGAUGUGCCGACGCGGGCGUUUGUGAGGCGGACGUUCUUUGGACAUUUCGUCGGAGGCGAGUCGGCGCUGGACACUGUGCCCCUGCUCGAGCAGUUCCGGGCCAAGAACAAGGGCGUUCUGCUCAACUACUCUGUCGAGGUUGAUGCCGACGCGGCUAUUGGCCAUGGUAAUCAUUCCGACGCAGCUGAAUCGCGGCCGCACAAGCAGCUCAUCGAGGAGAUCAUACGCUCGAUUGACGUCGCUGCCGACUUUGAGGACCAGCACGGCAACGGGAGUCGGACGGGCAGGCGGACGUGGGUCGCACUCAAGCUGACCGCACUCCUCCCCGACGUCACCGCCCUCACACGGCUUUCCCUCCACCUCCUGCUCACGCGGCCCGCGCCGCAGACACCCGUCCUCUUCCCUGGCUCGCCGACGUCCACGGACCUCGACGUCCUCCUCGCGGACACGCUCGCCCAUGCACCGCCGGGCAACUCGCCGCUCACGCAGGAAGAUGUGCAGGUGCUGAGGGCGCUGCACGACGAUCUCGUGCGCGUGUGUGUGCGCGCGCAGGAGCGCAACGUGCGUGUUGUGGUCGAUGCGGAGUACAGCUGGUAUCAGCCGGCGAUAGACGCGUACGCACAUGCGCUCAUGGAGCGGUUCAACAAGGUCCCCAGAGCCUCGAGCUCUUCUUGGGUGUCCAAGGACAGCGGCAGCAGCACUAGCACAAGCGUGCAGCAGCCGCUCGUGUACAACACGUACCAGGCCUACCUCCGUCGCACCCCAGAGUUCCUCCGCGACUCCCUCGCGCGCGCCGACGCGGGCGGCUACGCGCUCGGCGUGAAGCUCGUCCGCGGCGCGUACCACUCGUACGAGGUCGCAGCGCACAACGCCGCUCGUGUGCUUCCACCGUCCGUUUUCCCGUCUUCUUCUUCUUCCUCUGCCUCUGUUUUCCCCGACUCCAAAUCCAAAUCCGAUUCCGCUGCAUCCCAUCCGCACUCGUCUUCGAUCUCACCCGACCCCGAGCCCCCCGUGUGGCCAACAAAGCCCGACACAGACGCGUGCUUCGAUGCGUGCGCGGCGGUCCUUGUGUCGCGCGUCGCGCGCAGUAUUAAAGGGAAGCAAGAACGAGGGAGCGCAACGCCGGUGCCGGUGGGUGUGCUGUUCGGGACGCAUAAUUGGGCGAGCUGCGAUCGUGUGCUCGAGGGGCUUGUCGGCGAGGGUGUGGCGCGCAAGGAGAUGGUCGAGGAGGGCGGGGAACACGAGAGCAGCGAGAGGGGGAACGGGAAAGAGAGAGAGGUGAUUGUGCUCCCGGAGACGGUGACGGAGCUGGUGGCGUUUGGACAGCUGCUGGGAAUGAGCGACGCACUCACCGACCACAUCAUCCACCGCACCCGCUCCGCCGCGCCGUGCGCGCUCAAGUACGUCCCGUACGGCGCGCUCGCGGACGUGAUGCCCUACCUCGGCCGGCGCGCGCAGGAGAACAGGAGCGUGCUCGGCGACGGCGGGGCGCGGCUCGAGCGCAAGCGCGCGGGCGCGGAGAUCCGUAGGCGCGUGGUUGGGGCUUUGAUGGGGCUUUGAGGGGUUUUUUUUUCGAGUUUAAGUUCGGGUUCGGGUUCGGGUUCGGGUUUUUGGAGUAUGAGGGGGUCGGGGGUCUCUGCUUUUUGGUGGAAUAUAGAGGGUUUCGGAUUAAAUUUGGUGGGUGAAUCUAGUGCGGAGUGAUUUCGUUUUCUUGGAGCGUACAUGCAUACCCCUUUGAUCCCUUGCUCGAGCAUGAGCAUGUUCACGUAGACCUUUUCUUCGUUUCAGACUGCUUGGGAUGUACACACACAGACUUCAUCUUCAUCACAACAAUUGCUACCGUAAUCGUGUAUAGAUGCACGUAGAUGUCAUUGACCAUUGCCGUCUGGCUCCAGAUACAUGUAGUCUAUCAGUCGUCUUACCACCUAAACUCAUUAUUAACAUAUUCA